UUUUAUCAGUGUUAUUUAAAAUGAAAGUAAUUAUUACUGUUCUGUUGUUCGUUUCUUUGAUCAUGACCAAUGUUAUUGAGAUUGAGGGAAAGAAUGGAGAGUUUACAGCUGUGAUUUCGCAGAAGAAUACUACCAUUUCGUAUGCUUUUGAGGGUCAGGAGUCUAAUGCUUUGGAUGAUGCUGCUGCUGUAGUCUGUGUCAAUACUGAGUCUGAUUUUAAGCUUAAGGAUGGAAAUACUGCUUUUGUUCUUGCAGAUUAUGAUUAUUGCUGUGCUCCAAAAUGUCCAAGAUGGUGCCCAUAUUACCCUCCAAAUAGAUCAUCAUCAUACAGUCAAGGUGUGUACAAAGAGCAUACUCAUAAAGUCUACACUCUCGAAGACCUCUCCGACUCAAGUGUCAUCCUCCCCCUCUCUUUCAGCAACCACCAACUUGCAGGCACUUUCAGAAUGAGUGAAGAACAAUAUGAAGAUGCUGAGUUCCCUGACGAGCCAACUGAAGACUUCGCUGUGUGUUUCACUAAGGUCGGGGCUGAAGAGCUUGAGAACGUUGAGAGUCUCCCGGAAUCUCUUGAUCUCCACAAUGGAUUUGAAACCCAUAAUGUAAUUGUCAGAACCAUCUAA